UAUAACCUCGAGACAAAGCACAUAUACUAAAGCCCCAAGGUCAAGGUCAAUUCUCAAAUAAAGAACUCUUGCUGAUCAACCCAGAUCCACUGCACUGAGAGCUAGCUAGCUAGAUUCCAGUCCAAGACGUGCACUCCAGAAUGGCUGCCAGUACACUGACUAGAUGUGUGGGCUCAUGGCUGAACCCACUACUCUCUCGAGCUGCUCUCAGUCCCCUGGUUGCAAGGAGCUUUGGUGGAGGUCACCCUGUCACAGUCCUGUCUGAUGAGGAGAAGAUGAUGAAGGAAACUGUUGCCCGUUUUGCUCGUGAGAAGAUUCAGCCGCUGGUUAGGGAGAUGGAUCAACGAUCUGAGAUGGACAAAAGCAUCAUCAAUGGACUCUUUGAGCAUGGAUUGAUGUGCAUUGAAGUGGAUCCUAAGUACGGCGGUGCAGGCUCCACUUUCUUCUCCUCCAUACUGGCAAUCGAGGAGCUGGCUAAAGUGGAUCCCUCUGUGAGCGUACUGUGUGAUGUACAGAACACACUUGUCUCUGAGCUGUUCCUGCGUUGGGGCAGCGAGGACCUCAAGAACAAAUACCUGCCCAAACUAACCACUGAAAUGGUUGGUAGUUACUGUCUCUCUGAGCCUAGCUGUGGGACAGAUGCCUUUGCCCUCAAGACCAGUGCUAAGAAGGAAGGGGGGUACUGGAUAUUGAACGGACAAAAAGCGUGGAUCACCAACGCAGAGCAUGCAGGUGUCUUUAUGGUCAUGGCCAAUAUCGACUUCAAUAAGGGUUACAAGGGCAUCACGACAUUUGUGGUGGACAAAGACAGUGAAGGUUUGACUGUGGGCAAGAAAGAGGACAAACUGGGCAUACGAGCAUCCUCCACCUGUCCUGUCUUCCUGGAGAAUGUCAAGGUACACGAGUCACAGGUGAUAGGAGAACUUGGGAAAGGCUACAAGUACGCCAUAGAAACCCUCAACAUGGGAAGAAUUGGCAUUGGAGCUCAAAUGAUAGGAUUGGCCAAGGGUGCACUGAACGCUGUCAUCCCUUAUCUCCACGAGAGAGAGGCGUUUGGUCAGAAGAUUGCCGACUUCCAGGCCAUGCAGCACAUGAGGGCACAGCUGGCCACUGACAUUGAGGUUGCCAGUGUAAUGGUGUACAACACAGCAAGGAUGCACGAACAAGGAAUGCCAUACGUCAAGGAGGCAGCCAUGGCAAAGUACUUCUCCUCUGAGGUUGCCAACAGAGUGGCAUCGCGGUGUGUGGAGAUGGUGGCUGGAGUGGGCUUCACCAAGGAGUACCCCAUAGAGAAGUUCUUCAGAGACGCCAAAAUUGGACAAAUCUACGAGGGUACAUCAUUCACACAGUUGAGUACCAUUGCCAAGUGUAUGGAUGAGGAAUUUAAGAACCAGUAACUGUUACCAUAGAUACUUACCUAACCUGUAUACAGAACACUGCUUUUUUAUGUUUAAUUAAUAAUACUUUUCUGAUGAGAUACCUUUUCAUUAAUUUGUUGAGAUGUCUUG